AUGGAAAAGCUCCCACCUAGCAUAGAGGCGUUCCUGGGCCGCCUCCUUGCCAACAAGAAGGGUCGCGAUGCCAAACUCUUGACGCGCUGCUGCGCUGCACUCCAGGCUCUCGAGCCGACCAUUGAGAUCACAUCCCCGAUAGGCCCCUCGCACUCGCCUCUCUCUCUGGAGCACACCCCCCUCGCAGGAAACCGAUUUCCGCCGCUUUCCUGGUCGUUGCCCCCGAGCGUGGAGAGAACCUUAGUGGACAGCUACGUGUUGAUCGUGGAAGAUCCCGAUGCACCCCUUCCUUUCCCGGUGGUGCAUGGGCUUUACUACGGCAUCCCCGCUGGCACCUUCGAAGUGGGAGCAGAAGACUUCAUUGUGGCCGACGGCGGUACCGACAAUAGGCUUGAGGGACUGUUCCGGUACGGGAGGAACUGGCACAACAACGUGUGGAGUGGGCCACGUCCGGUGUUGGAGCACGGGGAGCAUCGAUAUUUCUUCCAGUUAAUCGCCUUGAAGGCUGCGGUGCGAGUGAAAGGGCACUCGGUCACGAAGAAGCAGCUGAUGGGGGAGCUGAGUGUGGAGAAUGUUCUCGGCUGGGGGGAAUGGGUGGGGACAUUUGAGCGAACUCGGUGA